AAUAAAAACUAGUAAAAACAUACAUCUAGAAUCUAGAUAAUAUGUAAUUAGUGAUUGUCGACUAUUGUGUCUAAUGUGAGUCGUGAAUCAUCGUGAUUUGUAUCCAUACAUGGUGGUAAAUACGGUGAUACGGUAUUUGAUCAAGGUUACUAUUGUAAGAAAACAUUUAACAAUUUAAUUAUGGCAGAUGUGUUGGAUAUUGAUAAUGCAGAAGAGUUUGAAGUUGAUGAUGAAGGCGAUCAGGGUAUUGCACGUUUAAAAGAAAAGGCAAAAAGGAGAAAAGGUAGAGGACAUGGUGCAGAAUUGGUGUCCACUCGUGAUGAUGUUGGUCAUUAUGAAUCAAUGAACAUUGUUGAGGAAGACGAUGAUGAACCAGGUCCACAAAGAUCUGUAGAAGGAUGGAUUUUAUUUAUAAAUUCAGUACACGAAGAAGCACAGGAGGAUGACAUUCAAGAUAAAUUUUCAGAAUUUGGACAAAUAAAAAAUUUACAUUUAAAUUUGGAUAGAAGAACAGGCUUCUUGAAAGGAUAUGCUUUGGUAGAAUAUGAAACGUUUAAAGAAGCUCAAGCAGCAAAAGAUGCUUUAAAUGGGACAGAAAUCUUGGGUCAACCUAUUUCAGUUGAUUGGUGUUUUGUAAAGGGACCAAAGAAAAUUAAGAAGAGAAGCCAUAGAAGACGAUGAAAAAGAAGAUUAUCAAGAAAGAUUUUUAUUUCUCUCAUGUAUGAUUACUUUGAAUAAAGAUCGUUUUGUACUUGA